UAUUAAAUCCUCGAUUGUGCAUAUUUUUUAAUUGCGGAAGCUCGGUUACCGGAAGUCUGUGUGAUCAAUAUAAAACGCUUGAUUGUGGUAAUUAAAACGCAGUCAGUUGAUGCAAUGAGGUUUACGAUGUUUUGUAUCUCUUUCCUUAUUUUCCCUCUAGUUUUCGCGUUAAAACAUGAGUACAGUCAGACCGGUUACAAGUUUCAAAUCCAUCACGGGAUUCCCGAAGACUUCAAUCCAAACUUGGUAGCAGAUUAUACGUUCGGUUAUAACAAGUACAACAGAUCGACGAGAGCUUUCAAUCUCGGUGUACGAUUUUUGAAAAAAAUUGAUUCAGUCACGGUGUUAAUGGAGACAGCCAAGUUUAUUAACAACCAGUUCAGAGAGUUUGUGCCAUUGAAUCUGAUGUUCAAUAUCUGUGCUGCCAUGAAAUCUGAACUGUUUGGAAUCAAAACGCUGCUGAAAUAUGGAAACUUGACAACUUGUCCUUUCGAAAAAGGUUAUUAUGUUAUGAGGAAUUUCGUGGUCGAUGAUUCCCUGUUCCUUCCUAAUAUACCACUGGGUCAGUACAAGUUCACAUUAACUUUCAGCACACACGAAAAGCUUCUCAUCAAGUAUUCUUUCGUCGCCGAACUCAAGAAUAGAAAAUAUGUUUAA